AUGGCUGCAAAUUGGUUAGAAUUUGUUGGAUCAAUAAGCAUGUUAAUUAGUACUGCUAUUGCCUUAGUAGUUUCAUUUAUCUAUCUGAUUGUUAUAACUUUAUCUCAAGGUCGAAAUCUAUCAGUUUCAUCACUUCUUGCAAGCAAUACAUUUUUAUCGUCAUUAAUUUAUAGUUCAGUUCAUUUCACUAUUGCUAUAUCGGUAUUAAGAAGUGAUAUUGCUGUUAUUGAUGGUGUUCGAAAUCAAUUAUAUAAUCCAUUUUGUAUGUCUUCGGCAUUUGUUUUUUACAGUGGUUGUGCUCUACUCUACUAUUCAUAUGUAAUGGAGGCUAUGCAACGUUUUACUCGUGUUGUUUUAUAUGAUUAUCAAUGGUUACAUAAACGUCGUGUUCAAUUUCUUUUUAUUAUAUUUCAAUGGUUAUUCUGUAUUCUUGGAACAUUUAUACCAUUAUCUAUCACAAAUCAACUUCAAUAUGAUAUUUAUAUGAAUAUGUGUAUAAUACCAAUUCGUUCUAGUGGUUGGACUAUGUAUUAUGCUAUAUAUUGCUAUACUAUUCCACUUGUAUUAAUUGCAUAUUUUUAUCAUCAUUUAAUUCAAUAUAUUAUAAGUGUACGUAGACGUGUUAGUGCCUGUCUUAUAUCAGGAUCAAUAAUUGUUGCUGCACAACGUCAAUUAGCUCUGAUUCAACGUGUUAUUGCUCUUGUUAGUAUUCUUAUUGCUAGCGGAUUACCGUACUGUGCAUUCAUUUUUAUGGGUUUCUGGAUGGAUCCACCUGUGUAUCAAUUUCGAAUUAGUUUUCUUUGUGUUGAUAUUGCACUUGCAAGUGUAGUUUGUACUAUGUUUUGUUAUUCAAGAGAUAUAAAACGAUUAAGAAGAGUCUAA